GGCCUCGCUGUGGGGCCCUGAGGGUAUUGUGGGCUCCGUGCGACGCCCGAAAUCCCACCCGGGAGCCCGAGCUCUGAGCUGAGGGACCCCUCGCAGAGGCGGGCCGGUUCGCUGUGGGGCUCGGCUCGGCCCCUUUAGGAGCACCCCCCCGAGCCGUGAAGCCCCGUGGCAGCCCCAAUAUCACCAGGGGAGAAGGGGAGGGGCAUUACAGACACACACCCUAAUUCCCCGCCAGAAUUACAGCUCGGCCCCCACAGCCGUUAGCACAUUUUGGGGUGCGGUGGGGUGUUUCUGCCCAGGGGGUUAUUUUGGGGACAGGAGGGCUGAAAGUGCUGCACUGUAGCCUAGUUGUCCCGCAGUGCUCGGCCCCCUGCACUCACCAGUGGCACACCACAAAAUUCAGGGCUGGGGCUGCCCUGCCUCAUCCUCCCCGCUCCCCACAUCGCUCCCCUGGCCUCUCUGCACCCCACCAGCUCCCCCCCAUCUCAAUGCCCUGCUGCUUUGGGUGCUCCCAUCCUUUGCCAAACGUACCUGCCCUCCCCACCCACACGGGGCAAUGGUGAAUCCAGUACAAUCAGAGACAGACUUGGGCACCUCCAGCCCCUGUCCCCCCGUGUUUUGGUGCAGAUUUUUACUUCCCAGUGCUCCGGUUUCCCUGCAGUGCCUGAUGUUGCCCAGGCCCCAUCCUGAGAGGCCCCACGAGCACCUCAUGUCCCCGGCUGAGGAGCCGGGGCAGGCCCUCAGCCUCUGUUUUCCACAUCGUGUCUGUAAAAUGGGGAUAAAAGCAUCUUCCCAGCAGGCUUUGUAAUUGCUUGUAAAUCAUUUUUAAUGCCCUGGGCUGAGAGGCGCUAAGUGCAAAUCAUGUAAUUAUUUCAAGCCAAAUCAUAUUUCAUCAAGUUAAAAGAAACUAAUCCUAUCCCUACUUCAAAAACCCACACUUUUAUUGGAUAAGAGCCUAAUUACCAGCCUCUCCCGGGAGCAAAGAGAAAGCACACACUGACAGCGGUGCAAGAGGCGAGCUACAAAUGCCCAGAUCAAUUAAUGGCAAAGAACGCUUUGCCUCCAGAGAAAGCAGCAGUUAUUUACCUUGGAUGAACCAGCACAGCCCCACGCACACCGAUGCAGGGGCGUGCGUGUGCUCACAGGGAGCUGCGUGCGCCCCAAGUCCCACAGGCCCAGUGGAGCACCUGUGCCCCAUCCCAGCUCCAUCCUGCACAGGCUCUGGUACCAUGCUAGCCCCACCGUGUGCCCAGUGGCAGACAUGGGGCAGCCCGGGGCCGUUGCCAGAUCCUGCUCCUUCCUGCUGGGCACAUUUGCUAGCGCCGUCAGGGAGCAGCUCUCGGCCACGUGCGGGAAAGGAGGUGUGAGACGGCGCUCGGCUCCUGCGGCCCUGUGACGUCCCCGUGCCUCGGUGCAAAGCCUCGGGCUGUGGCAAGGCAGCAUUUCCUCACCGCUAAGCGGGACCUGAAGAAAGGAAGGUUUCUGGCUAUGUUCGAACUGUGCUGGGGGUGUGAGCUGAGCUGGUGGCUGGUGCCAUGCUCCAGCUCAGGCUGUUGGUGUAAAACAAACCCCACUGUUCCUCGAGAGCUGCAUGGGGCACAACAGGAACAGUGGCUCUCACAUAGCUCCCAUGCUGCUGGAGCUACUCCAGGAGGUUCAGCAAGGCUUUUCCCCUCGUCCCCCCACUGCCCCCCACCCGCAACCCAUUGCUCCCAGCAUGCAGGUCCCUCACAGCCACAGGACCUUAGCACCCUGUGCCCUAACACAGCCUCCUGUGCCCAUAAUUCACUGACAAGGGAAAAUGUUAUCCUCCCCAGCACAGAGUCGCAGCAAGGCAUCACUCCGGAGCAUGUCCCACUGGCCAUGCCUGGGGAGCAGACGCUGUGUGCCCCCAGGUGCUGCCUCGAUUCAAAGGGAUAAAUAUAAACCUGCCCCUCUGCUGCAAGAGAGGUUUUGCAAGCGUGGAGCAGGGUCCGGCAGUGACUGACAACCACAUAUUGACAGCAACACAGCCACCGAGAGCCCUAGUGACCGCCAAGUGUUUGUUAACAGACACCCCGUCUCCCCACGGCACAGCGCCCCGCUCCCCGUGUCGGGUGUUAGCUGCUGCUGAGGGGGCUCCAGCAGUACAGUACGCUGCGGGGCCGCUGCAAAGGGCACCAGAUGGCAGGGGCCUUAUGCCCGGAACGGGAUUCUGUUGCGCUGAGCUCACCCCUCUUAGGAAAGCAAGUUAUUUUUUGACCCGCUCCUGAACACUGAAGUCUUCUGGGUGAGUGAGCAAAAGCAGCCGUGGUUCGUCAGCCGCUACCACUGCGGGCAGGCAAAGAGCCAGGGAUGGAGGUGAACGCUGCCUCCCCAGGAGGCAAAAGGCCGGAAAAUAAGGAUGAAGAGAAAGUGCAGGAUCCCAACACAGGGGAAGCAGAGACCAAGGCAGAGAUGGGGAACAAAACUUGGGCAGACCUGGCCAGGGAGAUGAAGACCUUCCUGUGGAACCCAGAAGAGAGAACCUGCCUGGGGAGAACAGCCAAGAGCUGGGGCCUGAUCUUACUGUUUUACUUCGUUUUUUACACGUGCCUGGCGGGGAUGUUCGCCUUCUGCAUGUACGUGAUGCUGCUCACCCUGAGCCCCUACACACCCACCUACCGGGACCGCGUGUCUCCGCCAGGAGUGAUGAUCAGGCCGUACCUGAAUGGAUUCACCAUCGCCUUCAACAUCUCCAAGCGCAGCACGUGGCAGCCAUACGUGGACAGCAUGCACCACUUCCUAGCAGCUUAUGAUGACAAGGUUCAAGAGGAGAAGAACAUUGAAUGCAUCUCGGGGCACUACUUCAUCCAAGGGGGCAAUGAGAGCGAAGAGAAGAAGGCCUGCCAGUUCAAGCGCUCGCUGCUGCAGAACUGCUCGGGAAUCGAGGAUCAAACAUUUGGCUACUCCAGAGGCCAGCCCUGCAUCCUGCUGAAGAUGAACCGGAUCAUAGGCUACCGCCCUGGCGCUGGGGUCCCCGUGAGCGUGGACUGCAAAGUGCAGAAAGGCAAUGAGAGUGACCUGAGGUCAGUGGACUUCUACCCUGGGAAUGGCACGUUUGACCUCAUGUAUUAUCCCUACUACGGCAAGAUCACACACGUCAACUACACGUCCCCACUGGUGGCCAUGCACUUCACAGAUGUGAAGAGGAAUUCUUUGGUCCCCAUUCAGUGCAGCCUGCACGGGAAAGGGAUCGUCAAUGACGUUAACAGCGACCGCUUCCUGGGCCGGAUCAUCUUCAUGCUCAGCAUCGGGAAGUAGCCACAGCAAACACAGGGCACUUAGGUUUUGUCAGGCAGAGGCUUUUUCCUUUUUAAAGCAUAAAGGCAGCAUUUUUUUUCCUGCUAGGAAAACAGACACAUGGAAAAUUUUAAUUUAUUUUUGUUUAUAGUUAGGAAACAAAUGAGAUGCAACAGUGUGGAACCACAUCUUUUACCAGCUGACGUAAAUCAUUAUUAGUAAAAGUUAAGUUAUACCCUGGGCAGGGAACCUGCAAGAGCAUUUCAGUUUUUAUUAGAGGAACUCUGGUAUCUGAACACUAUUUUCAUAAGGUCUUUUACAAGUCACCCCUGUGGAAUGCAUUUUCCUGGCUUUAAAUUUCAGUCUUCACCAUAGUUUUAUGUGCAUUUCUCAGGCAAAUGCUAACAAGAUGGUAAUUUAUAAGUACUAUUCUUGUUAAAAUAAUAAACAGCAAAAAAUCUGGAUUAUGCUUGCAGUGACAGCUAAGAAGUGAAAAUGGCAAAUCUCAGGAUGCCUCCUAGGAGCCUCAGCAGCUCAUGCAGCUUGGUCAACGUGUGCCAGGUGCUUGAGCAAAGGCCACAUAGGGCAGCCCUUGAACUUUUCCAGUUGUUCCCAGGCAGACAAGUGCCUUUCUCCCUCCUCCUCACUUCAGUACUUCUCUCGAGUCUGUUGGGCAGGGGACAAAUGAAAGGAGCUCUUUAUUCUCUCCCUGUCACGGCUCACAACUCCUCCUUCCCCUGCUCAGGCCCAGAAGUGCCCGUGAAAAAUAUUCCUCCCUGGGGAAGCCCCCACUCUGCUCCAUCCCCAGCUUCCUCAGGUGGAAGCAGGGCUGCGCUAGCUCAGAGAGACGUUACAAGGCUUAAUCCAUGUUCAUGUCGAUCAAGGUAUUUGCUAUCUUUGUUCCCCAGGGCAAAGCAGUGGUGAUUUCAGCAUCUAUUACAGCCAAACACUUUGUUCCUACAGACACCCAAACUCAAUUUAAAGUAGUUUUGAUUCUUUGGAAAAUGAGAUUUUUUUUUUAUUAUACACCUUCACAAUUAACAUACAGAGAGUAUAUUUAAUCUCUCUUAUCAGCUAUGAGCAGGACAGGACACCUUAGGAUAACGUACUGCUUGGAAAGCACACUUAACUAAAAUUACUUACUGACUGAACAAGAGCAUUGUGGUAUGUUUGUCCUACGUCCUAGUCCAGAUACUUAAUCUGCCAUCAUUUUUUAUCUAUAUAAGUCUCUAAGAAGUCUUUUUUUGUAUUAAAAAUAAAGUGACUACAGUAAAAUUAACUCUAUGGUAUCAUUCUUAAAACACUAAUGUAACAAACGUAAUUUGUAACUUUUGUGGGCUCUGCUGGCCAGCUAGGGACUGGUUUUCAAAGACGAAUGUAAUGUGUGUAAUCCUUGAAUUUUGAGCAUUUGAUUAACUUUCUGAAGAGUUUAGAAGUCCAGUACAGCAAGUCUCACUAAAUGGCAAAUAUCACAAUCAACCCUUUGGCAAAACCUGUUUCUUAAGAACCCUUAAAAAUAUUAAAUACAGGUAUUUUAGGAGUUAAUUUUCCUCAGAUGUGAUUAUCCACAUGAAAUUGAUAGGAGACAGGGCAACGUUAUCAUUUUUUCCUCCACAACUUACCCAAAAGGGCUUGUUCUGAUUAACAGAAAACGGCCUCUGCCCAUGAAGGCACUGCAGUGAUAGUUGCUCUAAUUUUGACAUCAGAACUAAGUUAAAACCACAGAUGUUUCCCAGCCUGCCAACAGCUUUAGGUCUUUUAAAGCACUUCUGUUUCUAUAGGAUCCUGAAAGGAAACAAACCCCACUGUGCUUCAGGCCAAGAAAUGAACAGCUAUCUAGCCAGCAACAGGAUCAAACAUUAUUUAUCCCUUCCAUGCCUGCCUGGUGGAAGGAUACACGAAGCAGCAGGGACUGUCCUUUGGCAGAUGCUGUACCAAUAUACAAUUUUUUUUUUUGUCACCCCAACAGCCAGACCUAGGCAUGUUAAAAAGCCCCUUGGAAAAGCUCUGGGAAAUUGCAUGCGUGUCUACUUACACCAAUGCAAACGUUUACAACCAUCAGAGUUAACUUUAUUUGCCAUACACAUAUUCUGCUUCCAGCAGGUUCAAACUGUCACUCCAAGAUCUGGAGAGCUGUACACACCGUUCUUCAUGCUACAACAACCUUUAAGUGCUGGCUCAAUUUCUGACUUCUAUUGAAGCCCAAAAGAGUCUUUUAUAUACAUAUAUUUUAUAUAUACACACACAUAUAAAAUAUACGUGUGUGUGCAACCAGGAGUUCACCACAUUUUAAUAAAACAACCUAGCACAUGAUGCAAAAAAGUGAUGCAAGAUUGCAACCUGAGCAUGAAACCGUGGCUGGAAUCCACCUGCUGGCAGCAGAGAAGCAAUGCCCCUCAACAAGCAGAUGUUAUGCAGAAGUUGCCAGCCUCAAAAUAAUUCACCGUUCAGCUCUCUGGCAGGGAGAUCAGGUAUUGUGAUAGCAAAGAUACAACAUAAAAGACCACGACAACCAAAACUGAAACCCAGUCUGAGUCAGCAGCAUUAAAUUAUACUCUGUAAAAAAAAAAAAAAAAAAAAAAAAAAAAAAAAAAAAAAAAAAAAAAGCUCAGUUCCAGGACCCAUUGCAGUGCAAAAGUCAGGUAAGUCAGACUCAGGUAGAGCUUAGGUUUGGUCACACUGAGGACAGAAAUAACUGAACACACAGGUAUUUCUCAAUCGGCACUAACUUAUUAGCAAUCUCCCUUCCCGUGAAUAGAUGUGAGCUACUAAACAACGUUCCUGACUGCCUCCUUUGUGGAUGAGUUAUUGAAGGUGCCCUCCCCAUGGCAUAGGUACAGGCUCAGCGCACAGAGACUCAGCACUAAGCAGAUUUACUGAACACCACACUGCAAGCCACCAGCACCUCCCUGCAGACCCGGCAGCUCUCAAACCACGCACAAUAGGAACGGGGUUCACAAGCUGCAAAAGGCUUUUGCCUUGCUGGACCAAAGAGGCUGAAAGUGGCUUCUGUCAUCUAUCAACACGAACCUAGUGAGCGAAGACGAAUUCAACCUCAAAUGACUAGCUUCUGUUUUGAAACAGGUUAGAUACAGAACAAAAGAAGUAACAAAAAAAAGCAACCUCAGAUAUUUUUUCCUUCAGAAGCCACUUUCUUUAGUGUAUGUGUGUAUAUAAUAUAUACACACAUAUAUACACACAUAUAUAUUUGAAGUUUCUGCUUUAUGGUCAGCAUUUCUCAUACUAUAAAGUUUGUGCCCUUACCCUGCUAAACAUUUCUGAGUGUGUAAUAACUAGGAGGUUAAAGCCAGAUUAAUCCUAUAAACACAUUCCUAGACCACAGCUUUUCAGUGAUCGCCUACUAACCCAUGCAAGCUUUCCAAUGGAGCUGCAGGAAUCUCUGAACAAGCUGUGCUCUCAGUCAGCGCUCAGAACAGCCAAGCCUCGUAUGGAGCAGGGCUGAAAGGCUGCAAGGUUUCUCCUCUGUGCACAGAAUCGAAACUGAGACAAGCUGCUGCCAGUGAAGCACCAUCCUCCCGUCCUCAUUUCACAACUGGGCUCAGAACAAGAAGAAAAACACAAAUUAAAAACAUUAGCUUUAGCAGACUGCUGACUUCUCUGAGUAGUGGAAAUUCACCAAAACUUAUCUUAGUGAGCACAGACAUGCUAAUGCAAAGCCGUUGCACACACGUUAGCAACCAACUUCUUCAUACUGGCGUUAUACACGUGGAUUUACCAGAAGAAUAAGCUGUUCUCGUAUUAGGUUGAUUUACUAGUGAGGCCAAGUACUACCUUUACAUUCAGAAGGAACAGGAAAUUCAGACUGGUUCACAAGAAAAAGCUGCAAAGCAAUGAGAAAAGACAACAGCCAUAAGCCAAGCUCUAACUUGAAGUCUGU